AUGCACAAAGUUGGUGCCGAGGUGAGAGGUUCGGCCAUUGUGGGCCUGCUCUCUUCUUGUGCUAGAACGAGGGAUGAGAGCUCUGGCCUUAGAGUUCAUGACUAUUUGCUGGACAAGAAGCUUUUGUGGGUUGAUGUUAGAGUGGGAAAUGCCCUUUUGGGCAUGUAUGGAAAGUGUGGGUGCAUUGAGAAAGCAAGGCGAGUUUUCGAUGAGAUGCCUGAGAGGAGUUUGGUGAGUUGGGUUUCGAUGAUGCAUGCGUAUGGGGUGGUUAAGAGAGUGGAAGAGGCUCGAAAAAUCUUCGAUGAGAUGCCUGAAAGGAAUGCUGUUGCUUGGACUUGUAUGGUUGGGGUUUAUGCCCGUGUUGGUAGUUUUGCAGAGGCCUUGAAGCUUUUUAAAGAGAUGCAAUGCGCUAGUGUGAAGCCAAAUGAAGCUACAUUGGUGUCUAUCACAUCGAUUUGUGCUCAUAUGGGUGCUUUAGAGUUAGGGCGAUGGGUUCAUUCUUUAAUGGGUGAGCAUGGAAUCAAGCUAAGCAUUCGCUUGGGCACAUCACUCAUAGACAUGUAUUCCAAGUGUGGGACUUUAGAGCUGGCUUUAAUGGUCUUCCAUGAGAUGCCUGAGAGAAAUGUAAAUUCUUGGACUGCGAUGAUUGUGGGUCUUGCUUUACAUGGGGAAGGAAAGGGAGCUAUAGACCUCUUCUCACACAUGGAAGGUCAGGGAUUGAAGCCCAAUUGUGUGGCAUUUGUGGGUGUCCUUAGUGCUUGUAGCCAUGCAGGUUUGGUCGACGAAGGGCUCCAUUAUUUUGAGCUGAUGAGUUCUCGAUAUCACUUGGAACCGAAGAUUGAGCACUAUGGGUGUCUAGUGGACUUAUUGGGUCGUGCUGGUCGCCUCAGAGAAGCUCGAGAGUUCAUAGAGUCGAUGCCUUUCGAACCUAAUUCUGCCGUUUUGGGAGCUCUGAUGGGUGCUUGCUUGGCACAUGGCAACCUUGAACUGGGUGAAUGGGUGGGGAGAUGGCUUUUAGAACUUGAGCCUCACCAUUGUGGAAGGUACAUUGUGUUGUCCAAUAUUUAUGCUUCCUGUAAAAGGUGGGAUGAAGCAUUAAACGUGAGAAAGAUGAUGGAUGAGAGGGGAGUCUAUAAAAAACCAGGUUUUAGUUGGGUAGAAUUGAAUGGUGUGGUACACCAAUUCCAUGUGGGUGACAAGAGACACCCUCAAACAAAGGAGAUCUAUUCAAUGCUUGAUGAGAUCAAUAUGAGGUUAAGAUCCAAAGGUUAUGUGGCCCAAACGAACCAAAUUUUGCUCGACAUAGAAGACGAAGAGGAGAUGGAGAAUGCGCUGAUCUUUCACAGCGAGAAGCUCGCCAUCGCGUCCGUCUCAUCAAUAUAG